CGGUAAAGGCGUGCAUUAGCCCAACCUCGCUAUUCGAUCAUUAAAAACUUCCGAGAAAGGUUGGAAUGCACAUGUGCGUCUAUUGUUCCUUCCUGCCUCCCGAGGUCUCUUUAUGCACAUGUGGCUUUGGCAUUCUUCUAUUCCCACCCUAACCACAUUUGACUAUGAGUGAGAUGACGCGAAAGCCUGACUGCAUGAAAAUGAGAGUUCUCUGCCUGCAUGGAAUUGGGACAAACUGUGAGAUAUUCGAGGCCCAAACUGCGGCAUUGCGAUAUCAACUGGGCCACGCAUUCAACUUCGAAUUCAUCGGCGGAGAACAUCCUUGGCCAGCUGCUCCUGGAAUUGCAGAGGUCUUUGGGCGGGAUGAAGUUUGCUAUUCUUAUUUUGAUGGAACACCAUCAGGAGCACUAGCAGCCGUGAAAGACCUUGCAGACUAUGUGGCUGAGAAUGGGCCAUUCGAUGCCGUUAUGGGGUUCUCCUUGGGGGCUACGCUAGCAGUAACCUUCCUAUUCAACUGGGGCAAGCUUGGGUUUGUGGAGUCGCCAUUUAAAUUCGCGAUAUUACUCUGCAGUUGUUUGCCAUGUGACUGGGAUGCACUUCAGAUGGGAAGAUUAGAGUUCGUGAACCCAACACAAGUUACUGGCCUCAUCAAGAUCCCUACCAUCCAUGCUUGGAGCCCCCAAGAUACGGAGUAUCCGGGUGAAGGUCGGCUCGUAGUGGAAAUGUGUGACACUUCAAAUCGUGUGAACUUGCAGCACUCAGCCGGACAUAACCCGCCAACUCAGCCUGAUGAGGUUGAUAAACUAGCACAAGCGAUUCUCGAUGUGUCAAAAAUCAGUACUCAGGCUAGGUGAAGUUUAAGGCUAGUCUGAUCUAAUUGAGAACACUACUUAUG